CUUGAACGGAGUAUAAAUAAACAAAUCAUUCGCCGAUUGUAUUUAAUAUGCAAAUUAGCAUCAGUUGCGUUUAGUUCAAAGUGUGUUCUAUGCUUGAAAAGAUGUUUUUUUCGUGGAUAUUUUUGGGAUUCGCAAUUAGCUCUAUAAAAGCUGACUGCAUUCUUCCCUUACCAAGAUUCCGUUUUUUCAAUCCAUUGAUAUUUUCAUCGGAAGGAAAUCUUCUAAAAACUGAUAGUUUUGAUGAACAUGAUUUGAGCAUCACCGUUCCAGUCAACAAAGAAGUGACUUUGUCUUGUGCUCCAAAUUACUUUAAAACGCCCAGUUUGAAUGAUUCCAAAACUUUGACAGCAACAUGCAAAAGUGGUGAAAUUUUUGAAGUGGAUGGUGUCGACAAAAAUUGGCUCCUUGAUUUGGGCUGUGAAGUGCGACCAGUUGAAGAGGUUAUCAAGUCAAUUCCUGGAUGUCCAGAUGAGGCAACAUCCGUCGAAUUUGGCUAUGAAAAUCCAAUCAAAAGCAAAACCCAAUUGAUUGGCGAAGCAUGUUACUCCGAGAAGGAGGGUCGAACUAUUUUUGUUCACACAAAAUUUAUCAAGAAUGGCAACGAAAAAUACGCUGAAUUGGACACCGAAAAUGUUAAUUAUUUGGCACAAAAACACCCUGAAUCUCAGUACAAAAUUAAUUUUCUAGUAGCAUCUCGUAUGGAUGCAUUGAAUGAACGCCUUGAAAGGCAGUUAUCUACUAAAAAAGUUCCGUUCCUUGCACCACGUCACUUCAUCGACUUACCAAUAUGGCAAAACGGGCAACUUUAUUCAACGCUUAAAUUGGGAUGGAACUAUGCCAUUUCAAAUGGUUUUGACUAUUUAGCGAACUAUGACUUGAUACUGAAAGAUAUUAUGGGUUUCAGUGAGUUGAAAAAUUUCGAUUUGUAUAUGGGAACGCAUUCAAAACUAUCGCUAAAAACUAAAGAAGAAGAUGUUGUGGACAUUUAUGUGCUACCAAAUGAACAAAAGUAUCCAGUACCGAAGUACCUAUGGAUUGUUGUGACUACGGAAUCUGGAAAAGGUGCUGGUUUCUUGAUUUCGAACAAUAUCGAUGCAAAACCAGAUGAUGUAGCGGCUACAGCACCGUGCGAGAGCAAAUGUGCUCAAAUGACAUGGAUGUCGAAUUUAUUGAAUGGAAACGCAUACAAAAACCCCACAAAUGGAUAUGUCUAUUGCUGUGAAAUUAACAAACUCAUGAGAGUUGUUACCGAAAUGCCAUCAUUGGAAGGAAGGUACACUUUGUUAGCUGGAAGAACCACUCAUCGACAAUUUGGCGACAUAUAAACAGUGUGCACCAGCCCCGGUGAGCUGACUAGAUAAAAUCAAACUGAAAUCAAACUGAAAUCAAGAUUCCCUGAAAUAUUUUAGCAUACAAUUUUGGACGUAAACACAUUUUGAAUAGAAAAAGCAUCCGUUUACAGUGGAUCUUUUACACGAUAUCAUUUGAAACUUUGCGAGUAUAAUAAUAGAUGAAUUUAUCCCAAAUCAGUAAAAUAAAAAAAAACGAAUCAAAGAUGGACAAAAAAAAUUGAAAAUAAAGCAAAAUAAUAAUUAAAAUUUGUCAUCGGAAAAUAAAUAAAAGAAUAUUAAAAAAAUAAGUACUGUUCCUUCAAA